AUGAUUUUUUUUCUCUUCGUGUGCAUCACGGGGUGGUUCUUCUGGUCCAUUUAUGGCUGCUUUGCGUACCGCUGCAGGUCGGUUGCGGGGAAAACGGUUCUGAUCGUUGGUGGCGCCUCGCUGGUGGGUGGAUGUCUCGUCAGGCGGUUUAUGCAGCUCAAUGCCAAUGUGAUUGUGUGGGAUAGCCAGAAGAAGAAAUUGGAUCAGCUUCUGCGGGAGUUCGGUUGCACCAACGAGAAGGAAGAGCAGGCGGAGACGCGGGAAUGCUCUCCUAGCGGCGACACACCGAAGAAGUUAAAGGGGGGAGAGAUGGGCGCCGGGACGCAGCUCACGGCAAACUUGGUUGAUUUGACAAACCGCGUUCAAUUGCAACGUGUAGCAAAGCUACUGGGGCCUGUUCACGUUGUUGUGAAUGUCGCAGAUGCGUGUGUCUCGAGACAUUUUUUUGAACGAAACGAUGAAUCUAGUGAAAGGAUCCUGUUGGGCAAUGUACUCUGCUCGAUUGUUCUUGCUAGGGCAUUAUUGCCUGGCAUGCUGCGGCAGAAGGAUGGUCACUUUGUCACCAUAACCAAUGCAGCAGGGGUGGUGGGAGUCGCAAGGCAUCCUGACUAUGCCGCCUCGCACUGGGCCUCCGUUGGGGCACACGAAAGUCUACAAAUGAUGAUUAGGGAGAUGGGGGGAAGUGGAAAGGUGCGCACAACGCUGUUUUGCCUCUGUAGUGAUUUGCGAGUAGCCCCGGCCGCAUCGUGCGUGUCAACUAGCGAUGACAACAAGGUGGUUGAUGAUAAAAUGGACCCAAAGUCUCCCACAGGAAGUCUACUUGUCGUAUCGCCCUUCUGUAAACGCCCUGUCACUCCCGAAGACGUGGCGGAGCGCUGCAUUUGGGCCGUACGUCAUGGCGUGGAGAGAGUGUACAUGCCACGUAUUUUUGUCUUAUUUCCGCUACUUCGCGUAUUGCCUGUGCCGUGGCUUAUGUCGAUGAUUUCUCCGCGUGCGUUGUGGAAGCCUUCACCCAAGAGUUGA